AAAGGUGGUACCUCAAAAAGAAAAAAAUACCCACACAUCGAUGGCACUUUCUCUCUCCGAAAGUACCGGGAACAUGGAGCAGGAAAACUCAUGUUUGAGUGAAGUAGACAGUUUGCAUACAGGCGGUGAUACAAAGUCUGAGGAGAAGAGAAUAGACUCGCAUGCAGCAGUACAAAAAAACUCAUUAUAUUUAGACUCAAUGCAGUCCAAUACUCAGAAAGACAGAACAACAAAAAACGAUUUAAAAAGACAUCGAAAAUGUAUUUUUAUUAUGUCAUGGUCAGGAAGGCCGAUUUACAGCUAUUAUCAUGGUGAAGCACAGGUGGCUUCAUUGAUGAGCAUAUUUACAAGUUUAAUUUCAAUUGUAUCUUUAAAAAAUGAUGACAUUCAGUAUUUUAAGGCAGGAGAAACAAUACUUGCGUUCAAGAUGGUAGGUCCUGUUUGGCUGGUUUAUGUAUCUACUACGGGAAGGCCGGUUGAGCUCAUUUUCAGGCAGUUAGAUACUCUGUAUUUGCAACUGCUAUUCAUAUUAACAGAUCGUGUUAGUACACAUCUAAACACACGACCUCAAUUAGACGUUCGUCAGUUCUUAGAGGGAAAUGAUAAAUAUAUGGACGGUCUGGUAAGGUGGACAUCUAAAGAUCUUGCCUAUGCGUUGGGUUGCAUUCAUCCGUAUGUGCUGGACCAGACUGUGAGAGAGGAAUUAUUUAAGCUGUUGCAAAAAGAGUGUAGCGAAGACAUGCUGUAUGUGCUGAUAGUUGCACGAGGGCGUUUAGUACAAUUUAUGAAUCAACGCCAGGUUACCCCUCUGAAGCCUAUUGACAUCCAUCUAUUGAUUCAGUUUAUUCAAUAUACAGAGGCCUUUAGUUAUGGUGAAUCAUCAUUAUGUCCGGUUUGCCUACCUACCCACGAUUCGCAUAACUAUCUAAACUUAUAUAUUGCUUCGACGGGCUUCAAAAUUAAUUUAGUCAUUUUGUCUAGCGUAAUUGGGAAGCAAGACUCUCUAUUCAAAAGAGAGUGCCGACUAUUCAAAAAACUAAAGUCAAGCGACCUGCUGAACCAUUUUUCUGAUGAUUCUAACCAGUAUUAUGACGUCAAAGAGGUUUGUGUACCGGGACUGUAUCACUUUUUGUUUAAAUUGUCAGCUUUGGUACAAAUGACCAUGCCUCGCUUUUCGACGCCCUAUCACGUCGAUAGCGAAAAAAAACGACUGAAGAGACUAUACCAAUACUGCAUCGCGAAGGCCGGGGACAAGAAAAAUAGUCGCGGGAUGUUUUCUAUACUCACCGAGUAUGAACUGGCGGUCUGUCAAGUAACGGCCGAAUACGAGUUGUACGCCAUUUUUGGCGUGACAGAAAGUAGAAAAGGCUGUACUCAAAGGUUAAACUCAAUCGUCAAAUGGGUUAUGCGGGAAAGCAAAAAAUUGUUUAUAAAACACUGAUAAUCUAAAAAGAUACGGGUGUCAAUGGAAAAUCGAGGUCAUGAGGAAAUAGAAACGGUUGGUUGUCAACGCGUAGAAAAUAUUUACUCGAACGGCUCAAUUUGACCCAGAUAAAUAUUAGAAUCUGCUCCUCCGCUGACGAUGAUAUCUUCUGUGGGAUGGAAGUCAACUUCGACAACGGUUCCACGGUGACCGGGUAGUCGAUAUUUAAGCUCCCGGGUGAGUGUAUCCCAAACAUAUACGUGACGGUCAAAACUUCCGGCACCUAUCAAUGCACCGUCAUGCCUCCAAUUGCACCUUAUGAGCGUGUUGUCCAAACCGUGGCAGGCGCCCCAGAAUAUCUUUGUACAGCGUUGAUCUGGUGCAUAGGGCCGAAUGUCCCAAAUACGCAAUGUGUUAUCCAUGGCAUUAGAAAGAACGAAAAUGCCUUCUGGAUCCAGUCUUAGACUUGUAAUUGUAUCCGUAUGUCCGGUCAUUACCCAAGCAGGGGAAUCUGUAUUCCUCAAAUCCCAAACCUGUUAUGAUGAAGGUCAGCGCGUGCGACUAUAUUAAAAAAAAACAUACUUUAA